AUGCCAGCAGAUCCAUAUGGGGACACGCCUGAGAAUGCGCACUACAGCUUCCUUUACCAAAUAUCGUACGUGCGGCCAGCCGAGCCGGCGUUUCUGGCCCGCUUCAAGGAACGGGUCGGCUACAGGGAGGGACCCACCGUAGAGACUAAGAGAAUUCAGCCUCAGCUCCCAGAUGAAGAUGGGGAUCACAGUGACAAAGAAGAUGAACAGCCUCAAGUGGUGGUUUUAAAAAAGGGAGACCUGUCAGUUGAAGAAGUCAUGAAAAUUAAAGCAGAAAUAAAGGCUGCCAAAGCAGAUGAAGAACCAGCUCCAGCUGAUGGAAGAAUCAUAUAUCGAAAACCAGUCAAGCAUCCCUCAGAUGAAAAAUAUUCAGGUUUAACAGCAAGCUCAAAAAAGAAGAAGCCAAAUGAAGAUGAAAUAAAUCAUGACUCGGUCAAAAAGAACUCACAAAAACAAAUUAAAAAUAGUAGCCUCCUUUCUUUUGACAAUGAAGAUGAAAAUGAGUAAGUGAAAAUAUUUUGAAUUUAGUCUACUUUGAAAGUAUAUGGAGUGUUUUUUAAAAUAACAUUUUUUCCUAUUAUAAAGAUACUACAAGUUCUUUAUAGAAAGUUUAGGAAAUAGAGAAAAAAAUUUAAUAAAGUACAUCUAUUCAUCAAUACCCCUCUGACUUAAAAUGCCAACUCUAUAGAAAUUAGCUAGUAUUAACAUUUUGUUAUUUCCCUUGUGUGGUUGUGUAUAUAUGUAAAUUAUAUUUUUAAGCAAAAUACAUUUUUUUUGUGUGUAAACAAAAUUUUAUAAAUACACUUGUAUUGCAAAAAAAAAAAAAAAAAAAAAAAAAAAAAAAAAAAAAAAAAAAAAAAAAAAAAACAAAAAAUAAAAAAAUAAAAA